AUGGUCCGGCACCAUCUCCGCGAGUCCCAAAAAGGAAUCGGCUUUUACCUCGACAUUGGCGUCAUCAACCUUGAAACAUGUGAGCCACUGCAAGGCACCACCCUCAUCACCUGGAACUGCAAUGCUACUGGAUCUUACUCUUCCUUAACUGGUAUUGACCCAGAUACCUCGGAGUUUCUGGACGGAUGGAACAAGAGGGAAGACGGCACCACGGAUAAUGAAGCUUGUCUGCGAGGAAUUCAGGUCACCGGUGAGAAUGGGGUGGUUGAGUUUCUCGCCAAGUUUCCUGGAUACUACAUCACUCGCACUACUCAUAUUCAUGUAACGGCGCAGCCCAAUAUUUCCGCGGGGACCUCGUAUUCUGCCAGCAGUGUUCGGCAUAUUGGGCAAUUAUUCUUCCAAGAGACGCUUCAACCACGUCUACAAGUACAGCCCUUACAACGAGCCCCUGGUCACUUUAAAUCGCACCACGAACAGUGA